GUUAGCCCAUAAUCUGCCGGGUCAUAGCGGCACGAACAGUAAUUCGAACUCUAUCCCAAAGAUUCCCGUGUGGGGAGGAAUGGUUGGGAGCAGGAAUGAUACACAAGUUCCACCCAAUUUCAGACGGAGUCCGUCCACACCCCCUGCCCGUCACUGUACCUUUAUCGAGGUGAGAGAUGUGGACCGUGCCCGCUGGAUUUGGAGACAGGCAGUGCCCAGGGAUGGGGGUACGGAGGGAUAUGGGCAACACCGACACUGUUCCAGUCCCUUCGGGGACCACAGCCCUUGAUUCCUGGGGUCUCUAGUUUCCCUCCCGGGCGAGCUACGCCAAUCUGAAAGCUUACAGUGUUCCACCCUGUUCAUCAGACCAUCAGUCCGCAGGACGAGCUGAUCAGAUACAGCCCUCCCCCAGAUUGUACAGCUGCAAAAUCAGGUAUCACUUUGGAAAGAACUGAACAAAAUGAUUUGGACAGGAUGUGAAAUGGGAAGAGGGAGAUUUGAGAGAUUGCGGAGAUGCUGUGUGUCCUGAUGGGAAAAGGGAGAGAGAGAGAGAGCGCCAGCUAAAGGCGGAGAGAGUUAGAGAGAGAGAGAGAGAAAGCUUCACUCACUCGCACUCACACAGACAGCCAGGGGCUGUAACACGUUCAGUCCCGCAGUUCCCCUUCUCCACUUUAUCUACCAGGACAGUGCACCAGUGGACAAGACUUCCAGACUGAGGGCUUCUGCUUAAAGGAGGAAACGGACGGGGAGACCAGCAAUUUCGGAAGCUUUAACUAAAGCAAAAAAAAAGUCCGACCAAUGCACAGUGUCCCAGCGGCGACAUGAACACGUUACCUGCCUGGGGCUGUUGACAGUUCAGUUCCGGAGUUGUCCUGGACCUGACCAUCAGGAAAACGGGGAAUUACUGAUCGGCAGAGAGCUCUAACAGGGAGAGAAGGUGCCCCCAGAGUAGGAGGGAAGUGCAAUGGACAGCCUGGAAGCUUGGUGGAGAGUGGCGGGGGGACUGUUGGCGAUCUGGACCGUGUUACUGGGAACUGGCCAGGGACACUUCGCCGACCAGCACGUCCACUCCAGCUUCAUCUACCGGCGCCUGCGGAACCACGAGAGGAGGGAGAUCCAGAGGGAGAUCCUGUCAAUCCUGGGGCUGCCUCACCGGCCCAGGCCAUUCUCGGUGGGGAAGCACAGCUCGUCCGCCCCGCUCUUCAUGCUCGACCUGUACAACGCGAUGGCGAGUGAGCAGGAGCCGGAGCGUGGGGCGGCCCGGGGCUCGGUGCCUUACCGGAGCAGUUUGAGCACCCAGCGGCCUCCCCUCGCCAGCCUGCACGACACCAACUUCCUCAACGAUGCCGAUAUGGUCAUGAGCUUCGUGAACCUGGGUAAGCGCUCGCUUUCUGACUGCAUGCCCCGCCUGAUUGGGAACUCCG